AUGAACGCCACCGCCAACUCGUCUUCCUACAGCACCGCCCGUGCCACCAUGUUUGAUCUGCGCUCCUCUCCAGUGCCGACCAUGAUGCACCACCACGACCGCGACCUGGCGCUGCAAAAGUACUAUCUCCUGCACGAGCAGCACGAGUCACUCCGUCAGCACCUCGAUGAGCUCCGAUCGCCCCAGUCGGCUUCCUUUUUCUCCUCGCCCUCCACCACUACGUCAUCACUCUCGCCUACCGGCAUCAUUCCCGCCCCGGCCGUGUCGUCCUCGCGUCACCAGUUCCGCAGCUCGUCCAUCCCGACCAUUAUGAUGAAGAGAUCUGGGUCGUCGGGCUGCCUGGGGGAAGUCGCCCAGGAGGAGGCCAAACUGUGUGACGUCAACGAGGGCAUCAAGAGGGUGCUGACGGAGCUGCUCAACUGUGAGGCGGUGAGAGGCGAUCGCGCGUUUCGGACGUGGGUCCAGAGCCGACUCAUGGAUACCGAGCGGGAACUCCGGAGUGGAAGGAGAAGACGGAGCGCGCCCGACGCUUAA